GCAGGCUACGUGUGCCGCCUGGUCAUUCAAAUUGUCAAUUUUAGGUCCAGAAGUGUCCAAACCACAAGUUCUCAAAACUCUCUGAAAAAUGGCUCCCUCCGAAUUAAGCAAUUCUGAAAGGCAUUCUCUGGGAAAAGUCUGUGGAGAAGCAAGGGAUCUUCUUGCAAAUAACGUGGUCUCGGGCAAAGACGCAGCAUCUUGCCUGUCUGCUCAAAAAUGCCUAGACUCUUGGUGGAAAUUGAGUGUCAAGCUGCAAAACCUCACAUGGCAGAUUGUCAUCAAUUAAGAGCGCCCGGACACCGGAAAAGGCGAUUCCCUGAGCGCUCCGGAGUUGGAGACAAUUCGGGGUUCAGUCUUAAAUAUCUUUGGAGGUAAGCGCUGCGCCCACACUCGUCGCCGCUUGGGGCUUUGCACCGGGCCGUUGGCGGGAGUUUGCUCUCCCAGGCAGCUGCAGCCCUGGGAAAGAGGCUCUGGUCAGUAUUUAACUUCGGAGGAGUUUUGGAGCUGGGUUCUUUGCAGCGGCAAGUUCCGCGAAUGCAAGGCUGCAGGCAGACAAAGAGCCCGCAAAAGCCGGCGUUCUGCAGAAAGCGCGGUGGGUCGCAGAGACCAAAGAUGUAUGUGCUUGGGGGGCGGGGGUGUGAGAAGGAUGUAUUUGUUUCUUCCAGCAAGUUCCAAACAAAUCGCUACAUGGAACAGCAGGGCAAAAGCCAGGAGAGGCCACGGAGGCGGUGGCCGCUGCGUGGGCCGCUCUACUUGUCCGCUGUUGGCGGCGCCUGCGGAGACUGUCUGCGCGGGGCAGCCAUUGGCGGCGGAGCGUCACGUGACCGCGGGGGCGUGCCAAUGUGCGCCCUCACGGGAGUCAAGCCCCUGUCAGAGUGUGUGAUCAAGAUCGUGAAACAACGCGAUGCAAAAAGCGACCUACUACGACAGCUCCGCGCUCUACGGUGGCUACCCCUAUCAGGCAGCCAACGGGUUCGCUUAUAAUGCCAGCCAGCAGCCAUACUCGGCGUCCGCAGCUCUGGGCGCGGAGGGCGAGUACCACCGACCCGCCUGUUCACUCCAAUCACCCGCCAGCGCUGGGGGCCACCCCAAGGCGCACGAGCUGAGUGAGGCAUGUCUGCACACCUUGAGCGGGCCGCCCAGCCAGCCCCCAGGCCUGGGCGAGUCCCCCCUGGCCCCGCCACCGACCCAGGCUGCGCCCCCUGCCCCUCAGCAGCCUCAACCACCUCAGCAGCCCGCUGCGCCAGCUCCUGCCGCGCCCCCCGCCCCAUCUUCAGUCUCCCCACCUCAGAAUGCCAGCAGCAACCCCACCCCUGCCAGUGCGGCCAAGAGCCCCCUACUCAACUCGCCCACCGUGGCCAAACAGAUCUUCCCCUGGAUGAAGGAGUCUCGGCAGAACACAAAGCAGAAAACCAGCGGCUCCAGCUCAGGGGAGAGCUGCGCAGGCGACAAGAGUCCGCCUGGGCAGGCGUCCUCCAAGCGCGCACGCACGGCCUACACCAGCGCACAGCUGGUGGAGCUGGAGAAGGAGUUCCACUUCAACCGCUACCUGUGCCGGCCACGCCGCGUGGAGAUGGCCAACCUGCUGAAUCUCACCGAGCGCCAGAUCAAGAUCUGGUUCCAGAAUCGUCGCAUGAAGUACAAGAAGGAUCAGAAGGGCAAGGGCAUGCUGACGUCAUCAGGGGGCCAGUCCCCAAGUCGCAGCCCAGUGCCUCCAGGCGCUGGCGGCUAUCUGAACUCUAUGCAUUCGCUGGUCAACAGUGUCCCCUACGAGCCCCAGUCGCCCCCGUCUUUCUCCAAGCCCCCCCAAGGCACCUAUGGGCUGCCCCCUGCCUCCUACCCCGCACCUCUGCCUAGCUGCGCGCCUCCGCCGCCCCCACAGAAGCGCUACCCAGCUGCAGGGGCAGGCGCAGGGGGCACACCCGACUAUGACCCGCACGGGCAUGGCCUCCAGGGCAACAGCAGCUAUGGGACCCCACACUUACAGGGAAGCCCCGUCUUCGUGGGGGGCAGCUAUGUGGAGCCCAUGAGCAACUCUGGGCCGGCCCUCUUUGGCCUAACUCACCUCCCCCACGCUGCUUCGGCUGCCAUGGACUACGGGGGUGCUGGGCCGCUGGGCAGUGGCCACCAUCAUGGGCCUGGGCCAGGGGAGCCGCACCCCACCUACACGGACCUUACCGCCCACCAUCCUUCUCAGGGAAGAAUUCAGGAAGCCCCCAAGCUCACCCACCUGUGAUG